AUGGCCACAACGACAAUGUCCCGUCAGACCGUUGACCGCCCUGUCAAGCGCAAAAAGGAACAACGUACUGAUAUCUGGUCUGGCCUUCUUCGACAAACACGGGAAGCCCAAGCUCGAAGCAGAACGCAGGCUAUUCAACACCGAGAGCUCGUAGUCUGCGGCGGCUCACCUGACGAUCAACGAGCCUUUGUGCAAUCACUUACCCGACCGCCGCCCGCUCAGCCACCAGCACGAAAUCAGGAGCGCAAGCAGCAGAGACCGAAAGGAGAGUUACGAUUGAGCAAUCGAUAUGCAUACGGAUAUGGCCACGUGAAGCUGUUCUCCCCGCCGCCGCAGGGCGGCGCUGGUGUACAGGUCCUGGGAGCAGAGGCGGAGGAAGUCGCGCAGGUGGAGGUGCACACUCUACCCGAGCCGACUGAGGAGUAUGUUGGAACGUUGCGGAGAUUGCUGGCGCAAAAAGAGACGGGAGACCAUAACAAUGCGGAUGGAGAGAUGCUAGAAGAGGCAGAUGGUGAGGCAAGACGACCCGGGGUGUGUGUGCUGUUGAGCUGGAAAGAGCCGUGGAAGUUUUUGGACCAGCUGCGAAGAUGGUUACAGGUGCUUGCGAAAGCCUUGUUACAACCCGAUGUCCCUGCGACCGAUCCCAUGGAUGUCAUCAAAGAUGCGCAACUUCAAAUAACGGUUGUGGUACAGCAUACCGAAUCGCAGGAGGAUCUUUUCAAGGAAGGCUAUAAAGAGGAUGACUUCGACUACAUUUCGCAAUGCUUGCGCACGGCGAUACUUCCACUGCAUCCCUUGAGCUCUUUAGUGUAUACCAGCUCAAGUACGCCUCCUCAACAGCCUGGUAGUGCCUUGUCUGAAGGGCAGAAAGUCGUCUACAGCUCGCUCGGUCUUGACCUGGCAGGACUUAGUCCGAAGGCUGCGCGUUCAGGAGACAGCUCGAAGAAGGAGGAUCUGGGACCGAAGCAUGAAUUCAUGGAUCGCAUGGCAAUAGUCAUUCCUGCUGGCUGGGACAGCGUGGCCUUCAUACGAACUCUGAGUGAGACCUUUGCUCCAGAGGAUUUGCUAGGGGCAUGGCUGGCAGACUUACAGCCUCCACCUGAACCUCAAAAGCUCGAACCUACAUCUGAAGAGCCCAAGCCAGAGCAGGCGAAUGGGGGGGCGGAGGUGUACGAGAGUUCCCCAGUCGAUGACGAUUUGCCAGACGAGCCACUUUCACCAUCGAAACUUGCCCCAUCAGCAGUGCGAACCUACGAAACGCGUGUGGAAGAUCCCCAAGCUCACAAAGCUACGAAGCCACCUCAGGUCGAGGUCACCACCAAGCCAGAUCAGAAGUUCCUCGGAGAGAUGCGUGAACAUCUCCAGCAACUCGAAGCCCAGGAUCGGGAACGGGAGGCCAGCGGUCGGUCGACAGGCGUGUCUACUACAAGCGUCUCAUCCACUGGCCGCUCAGUCGGUAUGCCGACAGGCGAGACCACUGGCGCAUUGAAUGAGUUGGGCGAUGUGUCUUUCAACGUCGGAGGCGUCAGCUACGACACAGUAAGUGCCGAAGCAGCCAUUGAGCGACUAAAGCGACCUCCCACCACGCAGUCCCUUAAAUCUCCUCUGUCGCCAACUGGAGCGAGAGCCUCCACGCCCAAGCCACCUCGUAGUAAUAGGGACUACAACGAAGAUCGCUGGCCUUCUGCGGAUCGUGGGACGCCGAAAGAGCCAUCCAGUACCAGCACCAAAGCGUCGUCAUCGGAGAGUAAGGAGUUGCCGAUCGACAAGCUGGAGGAGUACUUCCAGAGUCUGAUGAGGAAAGGCGGUGGAGCGAGUCGAGACGCGACGCCAACGAAGGGAACUCAAGGGUAG